GCUCUUUUAUACUAUAAUUACGAUCUACUGUACUGAUGACUGCAUUGGGUUAAAUGAAAAACCAUCAUCACUAAAUUACGUAUUCAAAACUUUACAGUCUGCAGUAUGGGGAUCAUUUGCCGAUCACUAUGGUAUGGUAGUGUUAUAUACAUAAUAAAUGUAUAUGAUAUCAUUAAUAACUAAUAAAGUUUGUUUUACGUUCUGGAUAGGACGUAGACGGGUGUUCAUUGCUUCCAAUUCCUUCCUCAUCAUAGGGAAUAUCGGAUGCGCAUUAGCACUUAACAUCGGGAUGCUAAUCGCACUUCGCUUGAUAGCCGCUGUUGGUGCCGCUGCUAGUAAUGCACUUGGGGCCGGAUUGAUCAAUGACAUAUUUACAGAUAAUCAAAAAGGCAAGGCGCUGUCCUGGUAUGCGUCUGUUACUUUGUAUUGUACGGCCAUCGCACCGUUGAUAGGCGGUGUAAUGACACAGUUUCUUGGAUGGAGAAGUAUUUUUUGGCUUUUUGUGAUAGCUUACAGCCUUUUCUGGUUCGCGAUUGUCUUUUUUCUUCCCGAAACAAAUUCAUGCGCUAGACAUCAUCAAAAGCUAUCUAGUGACGAUGUGGACAACAUAGGCCCUGGCGUAAGCUCAGAAAAAAGUUUAUGGCGAGGGCUCAAGAUGGUUAAUCCGUUUGCAUCGUUGAAGUUGCUCAAGUUCCCAAACAUGGUGCUAUGCUGCCUAUACAUUGGGAUAUUGUCUUUCACAAACAAUGCGGCAGCUGUUUCUUUCACCUGGGCUUACAGCAUUCAGUAUCAAUUUUCGUCAACGAUGGUUGGAUUAUUCUAUCUUACCGGGAUCGUAGGAAACACAUCGGGCGCGUAUCUGGGAGGGCUAUUCUCCGAUCGCAUCUAUAUACGCCGAGUCGAAAGGGCGAACUUGAGCAAGGCCGAUGUUUAUCCGGAAAUGCGACUAGAUCAACCAGUGCUGUUUGUUGGAGCCUUGAUAACGGCUGUAUCGUUUGCUGGAUAUGGAUGGUGUAUACAGAAAUUAGUGCAUUUCUCGGCAGGAAUAGUAUUUCAAGCGUUCGCGAUGUUUGGAGUCACACUUGUAAACUGUAUCCUAAACGUAUAUGCUGUACAAUCAUUCCCUAAACACAGUUCUUCUGCUCAAGCAUGCAUCCAAACUGUCAAGUGCAUUCUGAUGACUCUUGGGAUACUGUGGGGAACUGACUUGCAGGAUGUCCUCGGUUGUGGAGUCCUUUAUACUAUCCUCGGGAGCAUUCUUCUUGUGACAAGUCCAUUUGUCACUUAUAUCCGGCGUAAUAGCGAAAAAUGGAAAAGGGCACGAGAGUCAAUUAACGGAUAGGGCUACGCUAUGCAAAUAAAUACACCACGUUUUCGCCAUUCUUUUAUGUGGUCAGAAUUAAAUGAUUUGCAAGGCACAAAAGAAUAAGGAUUGGAUGGUAGCGAGUGUAUUGACAAAUCGUACUGUACAUAAAAAAAAAGCGUCAAAUGUUUGUAUCAUAUACACUAU